UUUAUCUUCAAAAUUCAGCCCAUUACAAAAUUCUGCAAACCCUACUCUCCAGUCUCCACAGAUCACAAAACUCACGCUCAUGCACAAGCACGGCUCCACAGACCACACUUCACGCCUCGUCGCCUCCGGAACGCACGCAACCGGCCGACUUCUGAGACGAGGUUGUAGCGCUCUCCUGUGGAGGAACUGGAUAUGGAAGAGAAGAAAUUUUGAAGUGAUUGCGAAGGCACCUCCAGAAUAUGCAAGAACUAUGUCACCAACGAGAAAUACAACCAUUGGUGAUACAAAAUUGUCUGGAUCAAUACUUGAGAGAGAGGGGAGAGUAUCACGAUUUUCAGGACAAUAUAUGGAGGACAGAGAAUACUAUCAUCAUCCUGAGUCAACUAACUCUUCAUCCAUGGACAGCUUCGAGAAUAUAUUCCUGUUUGUGCUUGCUUUACUUCUUGUUAGUUUCUUAAAGGUGCAGCUGUAAUGGUUAUCGAUGCAUUUUUUUUAUUUUUUUUAUUUUUUAACACGUUCUUUUUCUUCAUGAUCAAUACAUUAUCAGAUGAUUUUAUACCUACAUAUAAUUCAGUAUUUUUAGU